AUGCUCUCCGCCGCCGCCUCGGCCAUUCCCAGGCUCCGCUGGGCCGCCGCGCCGCCGGGGCACGCUUCGCCGAGCAACCGGUGGUCUCUGCUGCGGCGGCGCCCGCUCUCCUCCUUCCCGAACGUAGCGCCCACCGCGGGGCCGGGGCCCCUGGAGCCGCCGGACCUUCCCCGCCUCGCCAACUCUGCCCGCAUAUCUCUCUCGCCGCAAGAGGCCGAGGAGUUCGCGCCCAAGAUUCAGCAGGUGGUUGACUGGUUUGGGCAACUUCAGUCGGUUGAUCUUGAAUCCAUUGAGCCUUCACUUAGAGCUGAUACUGCAGCUGGUAGUUCUUUAAGAGAAGAUAAGGCGGAACCAUUUGCUAACAGAGAUGCCAUAAUAGAGGCCCUUCCGAGUUAUGAUGAUCCAUACAUCAAAGUGCCAAAUGCGCUGACCAAAGAAUGA